UUUGGACUCCUGAAGAACCAAACGACCUGGAAGAAGAAGAAGUUCUCCUGAGGAGAUCAUCACAGCGAAUGAGGAUGUGAUCCUAGACGGAUGAGAACUUUCCUGUUGCCUCGGAGGUCGUUGUGAGCGCCAGAGGCGGAGCUGGACUCAUGAGCGUCCAGGAGCUCACCGACGGUUUCUCCAGCAGGGGGGGGUCCAGCAUGAGGCUCCCCCUCCAUCAUGCAGUAGAUCACCAUGGAAACGCCUUCCCCAUCUCCUCCUCCUCCUCCUCUUGCUCCUCCUCCUGCAUGGGGGAGUCGUCCCCCGAGUCCCUCCGGAGCCUGAGCAGCCUGAGCGGGGGCCGGACCGACAGCCCGCUGGACUACGACGUGCUGGAGGUCCCCCUGACCACGGGGACGGACGUGGUUUUGUCUAAGUGGACGCCAGAAGACGAACGGCGAGCAUGUGAUGAAGGGGAGGAGUCUUUAGGAAAAACUGGAGCUGACUUCUCAGAAUCUAACUCCGCCUCCAUUUACCUGGACGCCACCAGCGGCGAGUACCUGCGCAGCAGCUGGAACGAUCUGACCCUCAGCACGAGCAGCCGCAGCCAUGGCAACUGCGAGAAUGGGAGGGGGCGGAGCUCCACUGCUUCAGACUCGGAUGCAACAGAGAUCCCAGGAGACGACGAUGACGAUGACGAUGACGAAGAGGAGGCUUUGUUUGUGUCCGUUAGCUCUGACAUGUGUGUGCGUGGAGACGGCGGGACGCGCUCACACGUGAACACGAUGACCGAGCUCCACGCCGAGGAGGCGGCGGCCAACAGCGAGAGCUCAGAGGCGGAGCCAAAGCUCUGCUGUCCAGAUCCACCAUCCGAGGACCUCAGUGAAAGCUCCUCCUCUUCUCCUUUCUCCUUCGACUCCGCCCAGGAUGUGGCCACGCCCUCAUCGGCACCUCCUGAGAGAUCUUCAGAACGAUCUGAAGCUGCUCAGACGGGCCAGGGGAACCGGACCGGUCCAGCCGGUCUGCAAACAAAGAGAGCUCCUGAAGUGGACCAAAGAUCUGUCAAAGCCAACACGGGGUCGUGGUCCAGCAGAUCAGCUUACCAGGCCAAACCGUCUCCAGUCUGCAACAAGAGAGCUCCCCCGAGGAAGGAGCAGUGCACUGUGGGUAAACCGGUGAAGGUUGCCAUCAUACUGAGACCCACCAGAGGAAAGAGCAGCAGCAAAACCCGCCUCAGCCCGGCUCAGGCCGUCGCUCCGACCCGACCCGGCUCAGAGGUGGAUGUUCAGGAUGUUCCGGUCAAACCGGUUGGAACUGGACCAAGAGGCCCAGGAGAAGAUCCAGGAGAAGCUGCAGAAGGCCCAGAGGACGCUUCGGAGAAGCCCAGGAGUCCUGAACAGAACGUCCCGUCCAGGCCGGCGGCCCGCCAGCAGGGGGAGAGGUGGACCGGGUCACCCCCCAGAACCGGGACCGGACCUCCAGGACCGGCUGAGCGGGGAAGUGGAUCUCCACCCCGGGAGGAGCAAAGUCAGAGCCAGAGCGUCUCCGAACCUUGCGUCCUCGCCGACCGAGCGCCGCAGAGCCCCACCGCUGCGUCGCCCAAACCACCAGCCAAUCAGCAGCCGGCAUGUCGGCCUGCCGCCUCCAAGCUUCCUGUCAAAGGGUCGAACCCGGGCCCCUCCCCCGUGGGGGGUGGGGGGAUCAGCGGAGCUGCAGGUAGAGGCUCUAGGACCCAGGAGCAUCCCGUCAGGAGAACGCUCUCCCCCACCAGCCCCAGCUCAGCAAACCCCCCCGGCUCCACCUGCAGCUCAGGACCUCCCUGUGAAGCGGCUCCUGGUGCUCCUCAGAGGCCCGCCUCCUCCAGGAGCAGACAGGUGUCUGUCCAGACCAGGACGUCUGCAGGACUCAAACCUCCGAAGGCGUCCUCCUCCAGCCAGACUGCAGCCAGGGCGCCCCCUGCUGGCAGUCAGACGAAGCUGAGCGCCUCGUUCCAGCGGAGCGGGUCGGCUCGGUUCUGUCGGCCCGGCGGCGCAGUGGACAGAAACCAACGGGAGGGGCCCCGACCCCCCAGCAGCAGCUCCCAGAUCUGCUCGCCGGCAGCAGGAAACCAGCAGAACCAGCAGAACCAUCAGAACCAGCCUCCAGAACUGGUGUCAGACGUCACAAACGCUAACUCUCCAGGGUCUGCGGUUCUGCCUGCUGCUGACCCCCCCAGCACCACCGGGUUCAGAACACGAACCGGGCCCCGGCAGAGCCCAAAAACUGGAUCCCGCCUUCAAAAUGGCUCCAGACCGGGCGCGGGCGGCGCUGCGGAGAAGCAGAACAAAGAGGAGAGGAAGAACCAGGCGGCGGUCCAGCUGAGGAGGCUGCUGCUGCAGGGGAACCGCCGCGUGGAGGCUCUGGCCACCGUCAUCCAGCACCUGUUCUCCGCGCGCGAGGAGGCGCUGAAGCAGAAGACGGAGCUGUCUGCGGAGCUGACGAAGCUCCGAGGAGAACUCGCUGCGUCUGCGCAGACCUGCCAGCGUCUGCAGAGAGAGAAGGAGGAGGCGCGCCUCGGCUUUGAGGAGUCCCUGAGGAGGCAGCAGGAGCAGCACCAGGAGGAGCUGCAGCAGCUGGAGGACAGGCUGAGGACCGUCUACCAGGAGGAGUGGGACAAAUGUCUGCAGGAGUACCAGGAGGAGGCGGACCGCUUCCGCGCCAGCACGGAGCAGCAGGUGGAGCAGCUCAGGAGUCGACAUGAGGCGGAGCUCAGGAGCCAGGAGGAGUGUCACAGCCAGAGGGCGGAGUCUGAGCGCCAGCAGCACGCGGCGUCCGUGGAAGGAAUGAGGAGCGUCCACCAGGGGGAGCUGCAGGAGCUGCAGAGCGCGCUGAAGGAGACGCAGACCUCCAUGGAGGACAGGAUCUCGGCGCUGACGGCGGAGACGGAGGAGCUGAACCAGAAGCUGCGAGUGGAAGAGGAGAGGAGGCGGCAGAUCCUGAGCGAUAAAAACCUGAAGGACUCGCACACCGUCUACCUGGAGAGAGAGCUGGAGAGCCUGAAGGUGGUUCUGGAUCUGAAGAACAACCAGCUGCACCAGAAGGAGAAGAAGCUGAUGGAGAUGGAGAAGAUGGUUGAGGUUAACGUGAAGCUGGAGGAAACUCUGAAGAAGGUUCAGCAGGAGAACGAGGACUACAAGGCCCGGAUGGACAAACACGCGGCGCUGUCCAGGCAACUGUCCACGGAGCAGGCGCUCCUGCAGCAGACGCUGCAGAAGGAGUCGAAGGUCAACAAGCGUCUGUCCAUGGAGAACGAGGAGCUGCUGUGGAAGCUGCACAACGGCGACCUGCUGGCCAGUCCACGCCGCCUCUCGCCCACCUCGCCGUACGGCUCGCCGCGGAACUCCGCCUCCUUCCCCACAGCCACACCGUUGUCUCCCAGAUAACCAGCCGGCGCCCCGGACUCCUUCAGGAGGAGCAGACGCUCCUCAGGGUGUGCUGAGCCCCCCCACUCCGUGGUUCCCGCCGGCUCCUCCUGGGCGCGUCGGGAGGAGGCGGGGCCAGGUGUGGAUCUGGAUUCUUUUGCCUUUUGAAAGCCUCUUUUCCCAAAGAGCCGAGCUCAGUCGUGGUUCUGGACUGUUUUGGACCCGAGCGACUUUGAUCCCGUGGAUCUGUUCCCCCCUCCCCCACCUGCUGCGUGAAUGUACCGGAUCCGACUGGAACCCUCCGGUUUAUGGGUCAGAGGAAACGGCCACGCCGUGGCCAAGAGACAAUCGGGAACGACUGAACGCCGGUCCUGACGGGCCCAGAAAUGUCUGUCCUUGAACCGACGUGUUCCUGAACGCCUCAGUCAUGUGUACCUGAAUGUCUCGGUUACCUGUUCCUGAACGCCUCAGUCACGUGUACCUGAACGCCUCAGUCACGUGUACCUGAACGCCUCAGUCACGUGUUCCUGAACGUCUCGGUUACCUGUACCUGAACGCCUCAGUCAUGUGUACCGGAACGCCUCAGUCACGUGUACCUGAACGCCUCAGUCAUGUGUACCUGAACGCCUCGGUUACCUGUUCCUGAACGCCUCAGUCACGUGUACCUGAAUGCCUCAGUCAUGUGUACCUGAACGCCUCAGUCAUGUGUACCUGAACGUCUCGGUUACCUGUACCUGAACGCCUCAGUCAUGUGUACCUAAACGUCUUGGCCAUGUGUUCCUGAACGCCUCAGUCAUGUGUUCCUAAACGUCUUGGUCAUGUGUUCCUGAACGCCUCAGUCAUGUGUUCCUAAACGUCUUGGUCACCUGUUCCUGAACGCCUCGGUCACGUGUACCUGAACGCCUCGGUCACCUGUACCUGAACGCCUCAGUCACGUGUACCUGAACGCCUCAGUCAUGUGUACCUGAACGCCUCGGUUACCUGUACCUGAACGCCUCAAACAUGUGUACCUGAACGUCUCGGUUACCUGUACCUGAACGCCUCAGUCAUGUGUACCUGAACGCCUCGGUUACCUGUACCUGAACGCCUCGGUUACCUGUACCUGAACGCCUCAAACAUGUGUACCUGAACGUCUCGGUUACCUGUACCUGAACGCCUCAGUCAUGUGUACCUGAACGCCUCAGUCAUGUGUACCUGAACGUCUCGGUUACCUGUACCUGAACGCCUCAGUCAUGUGUACCUGAACGUCUCGGUUACCUGUACCUGAACGCCUCAGUCAUGUGUUCCUAAACGUCUUGGCCAUGUGUUCCUGAACGCCUCAGUCAUGUGUUCCUAAACGUCUUGGUCAUGUGUUCCUGAACGCCUCAGUCAUGUGUUCCUAAACGUCUUGGUCACCUGUACCUGAAAGGCUCGGUCACCUGUACCUGAACGCCUCGGUCAUGUGUUGCUGAAUGUUCUGGUUCUCCUCGUGUUGAACAGAAUAAACCAAACCUCAGAUGAA